CUGCAUGUAAACAAAAAAUCGAACUCCCACGCUAUGUAAAGUUUAAGCGUUGUGGCUGUUUAAAUGCACUUUUCUCUUUGUAAGCGGGUUUUGUUAUGGGAAAGAAGAUUGUCGUGACUUUAGUUUCUUUGCUUGUUGCCGUCUUUGCUUACAUUUACCCUACUUUAAAGCGAAAUUAUGUGAAAUUUGUUCAUCCGAAAGUUAUUUUAGCUGUCAAAUUUGGCAAAUGGGUAGCGAAUUUCACGAUUUUUGGCAGAUACAUUCCCUGGCGAUUUGUACUGCCUGUGGCUGGUGUUCUCUUGUUAUUGCUGUACAUCAGGCGACGAAGGAAAAAAUUACGAAAACUCAAAGAAGAAGAAGAGAGGAAAAAAGCCGAGCGUGCUGCUCAGUACAAAGCCCUCGGGAGUCCCGUUUUGACUCCAGAGCAAGCACAAAAACACCUUGCUGAUCUUCAGAAGCGACUGGAUACGACGGAACGCACGAUGCAACUGGUGAUGAAGCAAAUGGAGACUGUCACACAGUGUCUUGCGAGAACUUUGGAAAACGAUGCAUCGGGAGACGCAUCGGAAAUCAACGAUGGGCUCAAACUCAUGAAAGAAAGUAACGUAUGAAGAUUCGCGGACAUUGUGUAGCUAGAUAGAUAUUUUUUGUAAUGUCAAUUUUUUUCGGUAAAUUAUUGAAUAAGUUGUAGGUGAAGUGUUGUAUUUAUAAUCUGUUAUAACCGAGUUUAAGUGAAUAUGAUAGACGAAUUUUGUAACUAGGGAGACUUUCUGUCGAGCUUAGAUUUUCAUUUAGAUUUUACGCGCGCAAUAGUACGAUAAAAGUGCCAAAAUGUUCAUCAUUAGGCUGGAAAAUUUUCACGUAUUCGGCCUUUAAUCGUAUGGUCUUCGUUUGCGGAAGAAUUUAAGCGACCUUCAACAAAGAGUAGCUGUAUGAAAUUGCACAAAGAAACAUUUAAUUUGUAAAUAUUUAUCUAUUAAAUAUUUAUCCAUCGUGUAGUGUAAUUAAAGUAUAAUCUCAUUAAAUUAUUUCUUAUAUAUA